UAAUGUUUCAGUUUGCUGAAAAUCCAACUUCACAUAAAACGGGGAAAGACGAACUGAGGAGUUUAAUGUUUCACCACCAUGUUCUGACUACUGCUGUAACAGAAAUAACCUGGUUGUGAAAAAGCUCCACCCACUUGCUUUUACCUCCACGCUCAAGUUGUAGCUGUCCCAAAUCCAAUGGCAAAGAGAGAUGUGGACGCACCUCCUCCUCCCUACUACCCUGUUGGUCUACACACUCAGCCCCCUCUCAGGCCAUAUGAAGAAGUGGUGUAUGGCUCAAACCCAGGGCUGACAUUCCCAAACCAGCCCCAUUAUAUCCCUCAGUAUCCCCCACCCGUUGUUCCGCCCCCAGUCACUGAACCCAGUUCAUUGCCUAAGAAGAAAAAGAACUGCGGUGGAAACCAGGCUCAGCUGUUGAAGGCCGGGGCGGCGGCUCUACUGGUGCUUGCUCUGCUGGGAGUCGCAAUAUGGCUUGGAGUUUAUUUUGGCACCAAAGCAUUAGCGGACAGCGAGUACGGUGACAACAGCAAACACGAUGUUGACCGAGGCAAUGUUUUGCUUCAGCAUGACACCUGCUCCAACAACACUGUCCAGUGUGACGCAAUCAAGGACUGCCAACAGGGCUCUGAUGAAACAAACUGUGUGCGAUUCGGAGUGAGCAACAGCCUGGAGGUGAAAACGGCCCAAGAUGGACGCUUCCUGCCAGUGUGUUACAGAGGCUGGAACAAGGAAUAUGCUGACCGUGUCUGCUCACAGCUCGGAUUAAGACAGUCUUAUUUAAGUAAAGAAAUGAAUUCAAAUCCAUCCAUGGCUUUAAAACUGACCAGCAAUUCAGCUUCUCUUGUUCAGGGUCUCUUAACUACCAGUUCUUCCUGUCCAAACGACAAGACCGUCUCUCUGCAGUGUGUGGACUGUGGUAAACAGCCGGCUACAUCCCGGAUCAUUGGGGGCUCUGCGGCUAAAUUGGGUCAGUGGCCUUGGCAGGUGUCGCUUCAGUUCAAAGGAUCCCACGUCUGUGGUGGUAUCCUGAUCUCGCCAGAUUUUGUGCUGACCGCUGCUCAUUGUUUCCCCAAGGAUUACCUCUCUGCUGAAAACUGGAAAGUGUACACCGGAAUUGUGUCUCUGGAUAAGCUAACUCAGCCCCACCUGGUUCAGAAGAUCGUACUCAACGAGAACUACGACAGCAGGACCAGUGACCAAGACGUUGCUCUUCUUAAGCUUACAUCUCAAGUUACUUUUAAUGAUAAUGUUCAGCCAGUCUGCCUUCCACUCAAUGGCCAGGACUUUUCACAGGUACCCAGUUGCUGGACGUCUGGUUUUGGCACUACUAAGGCAGGAUCAGGAACCGUCUCAAGGGACCUAAUGGAAGUGAGUGUGGACAUCAUUGGCACACAGGUGUGCAACCAUCCAUCAGUAUACGGAGGUGGAGUGACCAGUAAUAUGAUUUGUGCUGGGAAAUUGGAAGGAGGCAAAGAUUCCUGCCAGGGUGACAGUGGAGGACCUUUGGUGUGUAAAGCAGACAGUCGUUGGUACCUGGUGGGGAUCACCAGCUGGGGAGCGGGUUGUGGUGAUGUAAACAAGCCUGGUGUCUACACCAGAGUGAGCAGUGUUCUUCCUUGGGUCUACAGCAAAUUGCAGCAAGUGAAACCUUAAUAUCUCCAACACGUCCAGCCAGUUGAUGAAGUCUGAACUGUAAACUCAUGUUUGACGAAGAAAUUGCAACAUAGUGAUGAGACGACACCACAGACUGAAAACGGUUAUAUAAAAGGUUACAUGUUGGCUUAUGGGGGACAGAUAAGCCAACCAGAAAGAUAAUAAAUACUAAGGAAGUUGAUUCAGUAUCAAUCUAGCACUUUUGAUUUUGGGGGUUUCACUCUUACAUUAGCUGGGCUUCAAAAAUGGCUCACCUGUCUAUAUUUAAUUUUUGCCAAUGACAGACCUUAUUAUCAUGAUCCCACUGAUCAAAGGUAGACUUUAAAAAUGAUGAAGGAAUAUAAACAUAUAUAUUUGUAGAGAGAGAUUGUCAAUAGGUAUGUUCUUCUUAGGACAACGUCUGGUUAUUGUUUGUCUGUUUACAGUUUAGAAAUGUACAUUUUACUUUGUACUGAAAUCAGAGAUUUGAAACAUGUUUUUGGAAUUUUGUGAAUAUAAACAAAUUUUUGUGGA